AUGCUCGAUUCGCUACGACCUUUGGACCAUGACGACACUGAUCUCGAAUCCCCGAUGGACAUGACAGACCCGCCUGCACCACCCGCCAAUCCAUACAUACAGAUCCGUGAUCCAGCUGAAGUUGUCCUCGAGGCACAGGAAUCGUAUAAAUACCUGCUGGCCAAGUCUUAUUUCGACACCCGUGAAUAUGACCGCUGUGCAGCUGUAUUCCUUCCUCCAAGCACGCCUCCGGUCCCUCUGUCAGUGACCUCGCCCAACUCUAAACCCAAAACAUCGCGCACCUCCAAGAAAGGCAAAGAUACAGGUUCCCCGUUCCAAGGAUCAAAGAUAUCGAAACCACCAACCCAGAACCCGUACCCCAAACUGAGUCAAAAGUCUCUCUUUCUUGCUCUCUACGCCAAAUACUUGGCCGGAGAGAAACGCAAAGAUGAAGAGACGGAGAUGGUGCUGGGCCCAGCAGAUGGCGGCAUGGCAGUGAAUCGGGAAUUAUCUGGACUUGCGAGAGGUUUGGACGGGUGGCUGUCAGAUCGAACCGCACGAGGGCUAGAUGAUAGAGGGCAAGGCUGGCUUGAAUACCUUUAUGCGGUUGUCCUUUUGAAAGGGAGGAACGAAGAGUUGGCAAAAAAGUGGCUCAUUCGCUCUGUCCACAAAAACCCUUACCAUUGGGGUGCCUGGCAAGAGCUGAACGACCUCUUGGGCAGCACAGAAGAUCUGAGACAAAUCCUGGAGCUUUUACCCCAAAACGUCAUGAGCCUGGUGUUCUAUGUUUACUGCAGUCAAGAGUUAUAUCAAGCGACAGAAGACACAUAUCGGUCAUUAUCCGAGCUGCAGACAAUGUUCCCAGAAAGUGCAUUCCUCAAGACACAACAUGCACUACUGCUGUAUCAUUCCAAAGACUUCGAGGAAGCCUCUCAUAUUUUUGAGGACAUCUUGACUACCUCGCCCCACCGUCUAGACAGUCUCGAUCAUUAUUCCAAUAUCCUUUAUGUCAUGGAUCAUCGACCACAACUUGCCUUCGUUGCCCAAGUUGCAACCGCCACCGACAAAUUCCGCCCAGAAACAUGCUGCGUUGUUGGCAAUUACUAUUCUCUGAAAUCAGAACAUGAGAAGGCAGUCAUGUAUUUCCGUCGCGCCCUUACUCUGGAUCGCAACUUCUUGUCGGCGUGGACACUAAUGGGCCACGAGUAUAUUGAAAUGAAAAACACUCACACUGCCAUCGAGUCAUACCGCCGGGCAGUCGAUGUCAACCGCAAGGACUACCGCGCUUGGUAUGGUCUCGGACAAGCAUAUGAAGUCUUGGAUAUGUCUUUCUACGCUCUAUUCUACUACCAACGCGCUGCAGCAUUGCGUCCUUACGACCCAAAAAUGUGGCAAGCCGUCGGCUCAUGCUAUGCAAAGAUGGGCCGCGUGGAGCAGAGUAUACAAGCUCUCAAGCGUGCCCUGGUGGCCGGCUCACUGCAACCAGAUGAAGGUAGCCAUGGCGGUUCAAGCCCUGGCUCCGUAUCUCGCAAGAUCCUCGAUCCAGAAACUUUGCACCAGAUUGCAACUCUAUAUGAGCGGCUUGGUGACGAAGAAGAAGCUGCGGCGUAUAUGGAACUUACUCUUCAACAGGAGUCUGGCGCUCCCGUGAAUGAGAAUUCUGACGCGGAAUCUUCCUCUGAUUCUGAACACACCAGCCCAAGCGAUGCCGAGAUCGAGCAUUCAGGUGAUGAGGAUCCAGACCGUCCACGCCGAACCCGUCACAGCCGCAAGCCUCGUCGUGCCAAGGAAUCCUUUGCUGCGCAGAAUGACGACUCACUCGUGAGCGAGUCAUGGAAUGGUACUGGUGUCACGGCUACUACGUCCAAGGCACGGUUGUGGCUGGCCCAAUAUGCUUCACGGAAUGGUGAUUUAGAUCGCGCAGACCAGCUGGCUGGCGAACUUUGCCAGGAUGGAAUAGAAGUAGAGGAGGCUAAGGCGUUAAUGAGAGAUGUGCGAGCGAGGAGGGAAGAUGCUAACUAG